AUGUUUGGUCAACGCGAAGUUUAUGUUGGUGAUAAUGUUUUCCAUAAAUUUGGACGGAUUCACAGAAUUUGGAUUUCCUCUUACUCUCCUAUUUUUGCUUUUGUGGAGUUUGACGACACUAGACAAGCCGAAAAUGCUAUUCGGGCGCUUGACGGAACCUAUAUCUGCGGAUCUAGAGCACGUGUGGAAAUGGCACGUAAAAGAUGGCGUGGUGGACGUGGCUUUCGAAGCAGUGCCAGUUACCGGGAUCGAUCUCGAUCUCAUGACAGGGAACACUACAGGUUUUGUUUUUAUUUAUCAUUUUUGAACACCCAUUUUAGAACUGUGCGCAAAGUUCCAGAAGAAGGAAGAGGUCGUGGUGAAGGCGGGGGUUCCCGUACUGACGAUGAAGGUGUGGAAAGAAAUGUUAAAGAGCAGGAUCGGUCUAAUGACAAUGACGCACGCUACAGUCGUAAUAGACUCGACAAUGUAUUUAGUCCCAAAAGACUCGACAAUGCAGAUGAUGAUGAAGAAAUCGGACUCGAGGAUGACUCUUAUUAUUCUCCCGUAACUCCUCCCAAGGAGAAAGAUCGGUCUAAUGAUAAUCGCAAACGUGCAAGUGACACCAAAACCACUCCUCAAUCAUCUAAACAAUUUAUUUCUCAACUUUUUGAAUGCCUUGUUUGUUAUGACAAAGUUAAGCUCAAUAAUGUUGUUUUUUGCAAUAUUCCUGUGAGUGCUACAGAAGAUUCUGAUCCAGAAGCACAUACAUUUUGUUUAACUUGUGUUUCUGGGCAUGCUUCAGCAGCAGUUGGGGAAAUUCCCAUGGCCAAGGGAGGUAUUGGAUUGCGUUGUAUGGCAACUGGUUGUGACAAUCCAAUUUUAUAUUCUGAAAUCCGUAUGGUUCUUUCCGAGGAUGUUCAAAAGAAAUUGGACGAAAGAAUUCUUCAAGAAAGUAUCGGAAUGGCUUCAAUUGAUAAAUUAGAAAGAUGUAAAAAUUGUAAUUUUGCAAUGCAAAUGGAAGUGGACAAGAAAAUAAAUAAAGUUUUUGAUUGUCUUGGAUGUGGGGCCAAAAUGUGUCGAAUUUGUGAAAGAAAUUGGGAUGACGAACAUUUUGGUAUAAGCUGUGAGGAAUUGGAUGCAAAAUACAAGGACAAGAAGAACAAAAAAGAACGAGAAAUUGAAAAACAAUUAAAUGAAAUAAUUGUUCGAAAAUGUUCAAGAUGUGGAAUUCAAUUUAUAAAAGAAAAGGGAUGCAAUAAAAUGACUUGUCGUUGUGGGAUGACCCAAUGUUAUUUAUGCAGGGAAAUUGAUAUUAAAGAUACACAUUUUUGCCAGUUAGUUUAUUUUUAA